AUGAUCAUCGGACAGGGUCCGGAGUUCAAGCCGGUGAGGUCGACUUCAUCGCCCGCCACUAGUGCCAUUGAACAGCUAGAUGCGAUUAUCAGAAAGUUUUGUCCAUCUUCUGGCUUCGUUAACGAGAACCUGGCCAUGAUCUUCUGCGACUCAAGCUUGAAGCUGCCUGAGACCGCAGUCUCGCCUCGGGCACCUGCAUGGGUGAUUCAAAUGCUGGAGGUCACAAGGAGCUCCGUUGCACGGCAGAAGAAGCAUGCAGGAUCCUCGAGCAGCUAG